GAUAAGUUCUGUUAUUUUAUUAAAAUUCAAGAACUGUGUUGGCAGAGUAUAGCACUGCUCUGCCUUCCCACUUUGGCCCAACUGUGAAUGGGCAUGAUAUUUGCCAAUCGCUUAAUUUCUUGAGUUUUUGAAAUGCUACAUCUAAAAUGCUACGUUCACAAGGGCUGGCUGAAGGAGAGUCCUUUUAGAACAGGAGCUCUAGUGAGGUUGCAAGAUGACAGAAAUGGGGUUCAAGACAGGACAACACAUUGGCAGAAUAACACACUGCUAUCAGUUUAUUCUUUCCAUUGCUAAAAUGAUUCACUUCACAGGUGAGGCACUUGGAGCCAUGUUAUCAUGCUGGGUACUUGAUAAACAAUGUUUCCUGAGGCUUAAGCAAGAUCCUGGGAACUGAGGAGCUGUGGAACCUUGAGCUGUGGAGAUAAUGUCCUGGGGAAGGUAUAAAUAAGGGGAGAUAUCCUCAGAAAGUCCUAUUUCAACGGACAAGUCCAUCGACAAAGACACCAUGAAAUUCCUUUUGAUCUUUGCUUUCCUGGGAGCAGCAGCUGCCGCCCCCUUUGACGAUGAUGACAAGAUUGUCGGAGGAUAUACCUGCCAGGAAGGCUCUGUCCCCUACCAGGUGUCACUGAAUUCUGGCUACCACUUCUGCGGAGGCUCCCUCAUCAGUGACCAAUGGGUUGUGUCAGCUGCUCAUUGUUACAAAAGCCGCAUCCAAGUGAGGCUUGGAGAGCACAACAUUGAGGAAAUUGAAGGAGGCGAGCAAUUCAUCAACUCUGAAAAAGUCAUUCGGCAUCCAAAAUACAACUCUUGGCUCUUGGAUAAUGAUAUUAUGCUCAUCAAACUGGCCUCCACAGCUGAACUGAACGCUCGUACUGACACCAUCCAACUGCCCUCUGGGUGUGCAGCUGCUGGUACUGACUGCCUGAUCUCAGGGUGGGGCAACACACUCAGCAGUGGCGUCAACUAUCCUGACCUUCUGCAGUGCCUGAAUGCUCCAAUUCUAAGUGAUGCUGAAUGUGAAGAGUCAUACCCAGGGCAGAUCACUAACAAUAUGAUCUGUGUUGGAUAUUUAGAGGGUGGCAAAGACUCCUGCCAGGGAGAUUCUGGUGGCCCAGUGGUAUGCAAUGGGGAGCUCCAGGGUGUCGUUUCAUGGGGAAUUGGUUGUGCUCAGGCUGGUUACCCUGGGGUCUACACCAAGGUCUGCAACUAUGUCGACUGGAUCCAUGAAACAGUUGCAGCUAACUGAAACAGCUAUUUCUCCUCUGGUUUCAACAUUCUUCAUCUCAUCUAAUCCAUCUUAAU